GUUCUCAAUCGUCUCGUACUUCUGCCGCACUUCAUUUGCAUAAUUCAGCUAAUAACGUUUAGCGUAAUAUGGCAGACGAUGAUGACUUAGUAGACUGCGACUUGUUUAUCGCAUCACCAACGUCAGAUCCGGAAGCUCAUCACCUCACUGAUUCUCCUUGUUCAUCCAAAGAGGGCAAGAAGUCUUCACGGGACGGUGCAGAAGUUCGGUCUGUUAUCACCCCGGAAGAAAAAGUCAAUGCAGCAGAGCAUGAACUCGAUGAGGAAGUUGAAGUGAUCGUCGACGACGAUUCUACCCUUAUUGAGGCAUCUGAAUUGCUUGGAAACACUGAAAUUCGCGGAACGCUUGCUUCUACUUCAGCAUCCACUGUUGAUGACGAUGAUGGAGGCGAAGAUGUUACACCGGUUGUCGACGAUUCCGCUCCUAUUGAGGCGUCCGAACUGAUGGGAGACGGUGAGAAUCCGCCGACGCUCCGCGAUGCUUUAGCAGCCACUAUUGAUGAUGAUGGAGGAGGCGAAGCAGUCCGCAAUGCGUUGGCACUUUUCAGCGAAAACACCAUAAGAAGAGGCACCCUUUCGUUGCCGCUGCAAAAACUGUUUUUGCGAUUGCGAGAUCUCGGAUGCGUCAUUGAUGUCAUUCAAGCAAAACUCUCAAAAAGGAAGAUCAGGUGCUUCGUGGACGGCUGUUCCUACAAUAGACUGCAACCGGAGAACAUCGGAUUUCGUUGCACUUUGCCAUCCAACGUAGAGACUGCUCUGCAAUGGAUCUGCAUAUGUGUGUCAGACAUCGGUCAGCAGAACACUCUCAUAAUCAAAUUCAUCAAUAGUUUGCACGAAGAAGAUGAGGAGGGCGGGCAGAUACUGAACAAAAAAAUAGCUCCAUCAAAAAAGCUAUACUUCUUUCCUUUUCGGAUCUGUAGUCACCAUUUCGACCCAAGAUGUGCUGAUCUGCCGACUGCUCUUGUGCCGAGCCUUAAUCUUCCAGAGAAGCCUUUCUUUUCUCGUGAUGAGCUUUUGCUUCGUCUUCGACGGCGUUAUGUCUUCCUUUCCGAAAUGGGCUAUGAAGAUGUCGACAUAGACAAACUUGAGCCAACUGGUGUCCUGGUGAAUCCGUUGAGUAGUCCACUGUCUUGCUGUGUGCCAGGAUGCAACUAUAAGUCGUGUGAUAUCUCAUUGUUUUCCAGCAGAUACGUCAAGAUGUUUUCCAUACCAUCGAGUGGUGUCGAUUAUAAGAGAUGGUGCAAGGCUGUUCAAGAUGGAUUAGGUGUACCGGGUGCUUUCGAGUUUCAUCUUCCUGCCAAGGCACAUAUCUGCGAGAUGCAUUUUGCGGAAGGGAAACGCUAUACCAGAGGCCUCAUGCAAGAUCCAAGCGUGUUCCGCAAGUUAGCACCCCAUGGUGUUAGUGGAGUCCUUUCACGACUAGGACCGUUUCGUACUACCACGUGCGCUGUCGCUCAAUGCUCCAAUGCAAAAACUGAAACCCUUUGCAUUUCUUUCCCGAAACCGGAUGACAGCCUUCACACCAGAUGGAUCGAGUCUCUGCAAAGAUAUGAUGAAUCGUUCGCAUAUGAUGGUAGCAAAAACGUCUGUUUAAAACAUUUCUCGCUAACCGAGGAGAGUGGUAUUGUUCCCGUCUUAUACCUGGAUGGUGAUUCUGAGUUGCAAUCUGCCGGAUCACGUGCGUCGCUGAAGAGGAAGAAUGAAGUUGGCGGGCUGGAGAACUUUGAAGAACCAGCGAAACGAAGCAAAGUCGAUAGUCAUGAAAAUACCGACAGGUCGCACAGUAAUGAUGCUGGCGAAACCGAGUCAGAGAAAAGCUGUUGCGCAGAAACUCUCCGCAUAAGCGAGACUGUAGAACAAAUCGAGAGGAUGACUCAUGUUGUUGAGAGCGUGAUCGAACAGCUGCAGAUCACUUGCAAGAACUAUUACAAGGAGAAAGGUGAACUUGACCAGCAUCUCAAAUUUCAACUCUUCGACAUUCUAUCAGAGCUGAAGUCGCAGAAAGGAAUAGUCCAUUCGCUCCGUCUAAGGCUUGAAGACACAGAGCAAGUUUUUAUGGCAUGUUUCGUUACCGUUGGAACCACGCGGUUUGAUGAACUUGUGAACGAGGUGCUGAGAGAUGCUUGCAUAUCUGCACUGAGGUCUGCUGGUGUGAAUAAAAUCAAAAUUCAAAUGGGAGCUGGAGAAUGGGAUGCUGACAUCAGGGAACGUGUUUUUGAAAAUGUUAUCAAGGACGAAGGAGUUAUUGAGUAUGGUGGAUUGCCCAUAGAAUAUUAUCGAUUCAAACCGGAUAUAAAAAAGGACAUGGAGAAUUCUAUGUUAGUUAUCGGACAUGCUGGCGCUGGAACAUGUUUGGAAUGUCUAAAGUUGAAGCGUCCUUUCAUCGUUGUUGUCAAUGAAGGCCUAAUGGACAACCAUCAACUGGAGCUUGCAAAGGAAUUAGCUCGUGGCGAACAUUUGUUGUAUUGCACUGUCCCGCAGUUAUCAACAUCGAGUCAUGUUCCCCGUCCGCACCCUGCUAGAAACGCUGAAUGCGAGACUGAUGGGCCUCAUAUAGUACGCAGUCAUUUGAUCGGGGGUCUCGGCACGCGAAGUCUUCACGGCGCAGGUAUGACUUCUGUUGAGUGUCCUAUUCAUCCAAACGUUCAUUUGGUUGAAGACCACCGAGCCGGUGACGUUAUCUGUCCUGAAUGCGGCCUCGUUGUUGGUGACAGGCUUGUUGAUGUUGGUACCGAAUGGCGUUCGUUCUCUAAUGAACGUAGUGGUACAGAUCCCUCUCGUGUAGGAGCCCCGGAAAAUCCGCUGCUCAGCGGAGGUGAUCUCUCGACUAGCAUUGCUGUAGGAUUUGGCGCAAGCGACAGUGAUACCAGUCUUGCUAAUGCACAGCGAAAGAGUAUGAAUAAUACUGACCGUCAGAUGACUCAGGCUAUGAGCGUGAUCAGAGAAAUGAGCGAAAGGAUCCAUCUUGCAAAAAGCAUACAGGAUUUGGCUUCUAAGACCUUCAAGGAUGUGUUGGAUAGUAAAGCGCUGAAGGGAAAGAACAAUGAGGCGCAAGCAGCAGCUUGCCUGUACAUUGCUUGCCGAAAGGAAGGAGUGCCUAGGACAUUCAAAGAAAUUUGUGCUGUUUCCCGUGUAUCGAAAAAGGAAAUUGGACGUUGUUUCAAACUCAUCAUCAAAAGUCUUGAAACUAACCUUGAGCAGAUCACUUCGGCGGAUUUCAUGUCCAGAUUCUGUGGAAACUUGUCGCUACCAAACUCGAUACAGGCCGCUGCCACACGUAUCGCAAAAAGAGCUGUGGAGAUGGAUCUUGUGGCUGGAAGGUCGCCGAUUUCGAUCGCUGCAGCAGCUAUUUACAUGGCAUCACAAGCUUCCAGUGAAAAGCGUUCGGCGAAAGACAUUGGGGAGAUUGCUGGUGCCGCUGAAGUCACAGUAAAGCAAACUUACAAACUUCUCUACCCAAAAGCCGCCGAGCUUUUUCCGGAGGAUUUCAAAUUUGUUACUCCAAUUGAUCAGCUUCCUACUUCAUGAGCUACAUAUAGUUUGCUUUUUUUCAUGCUUGUCUGUUCUAGCAUCUUUACUUCUAUGUUGCAUCCCAGUUGGAAACAUGUAUUGGUUUACACUGGCAAACUUUAUCUAAGCCAACACACUUUUCGAAGCAUGUUUUACUCAUAGUUCGCUUAGGACUGUACAUUUUAUGUUUUUGUUUUUUUUUCAAAGCUCAUGAAAGAAAAAUGUCGCUGUUUUCUCAUCUCAUGCGGUGGUAUUUUUUUUUACUAAUGGUACUUAUGUUUUCAAUAAUGAUUGCGUAGUUUUUUCAUCUUAGCCAAGUCAUAAAACAGCUUUCAUAGUCCAAUUCUCAGUGGUUUAUAUUCCAGCAUCAUAUAUGUUUG